AUGUUAAUCAAUAAAGUAAUAAGAAGUGUUUUAUUGCUGCCGUUUGUACACAUCUACAGAAGUACCAUAGCCUCCGGAAAACUGUUAAAUACUUGUACCAUGCAUUAUUUAUCACAAAAGGAUGCAGCUGCCCUUGACCAGGAUUUGUUUAAUGAGUAUAAAUUUAGUGUUGAUCAACUAAUGGAGUUGGCAGGUUUAAGUGUUGCUGCGGCUGUAGCAAAAACAUUUCCGCCUACCACACACAACUCUGCAUUAAUUGUAUGUGGACCAGGCAACAAUGGGGGUGAUGGCUUAGUAGCUGCCCGCCACUUAAUCUUGUUUGGCUAUAAAGUUUCCGUUUACUAUCCAAAACGAACACCUAAGCCCCUUUAUGAAAAUUUGUUGCACCAAUGCAAGCAAUUUGGAGUGGAUGUUUUGGAAAAACUACCUCAAUCAAAUGAUUUGCAAAAGGAUUAUAAUGUAUUGGUAGAUGCUCUUUUUGGCUUUAGCUUUAAACCGCCAGUAAGGGAAGAGUUCAAACCAGCUUUAGAUACAUUAAUUGAUGGAGGACUUCCAGUCUGCAGUGUUGACAUUCCAAGUGGUUGGGAUGUAGAGGAAGGCCCUGGUUCUGAAAAAUAUUUGAAACCUUCAGUUCUUGUUUCCUUGUCAGCACCUAAAAAGUGUGCAAAGCCAGAAUUUAUUGGUAAAGCAAAACAUUACUUGGGAGGCCGCUUUUUACCACCUGGCAUAGUAGCAAAAUACAAUUUAACACUACCUACAUAUCCAGGUCAAGAUCAAGUUGUAGAAAUAUGU